AUGGCGGGAGAUAAUUCUGCUGUCAUCCUCGCAGUUUCUUGGACAGAGACAUGCAUUGGUGUAUUCCUUUUCAGCCUUCGGUUUCUGAGUAACUGGAAAUUCGUGGGGCGUUUCAGAUGGGACUUUGCUGUCGCUAGUUUGACGGUGGCAACCGAGAUCACUGCUCAAGUGUUUCUGCAGUUUUCAGUCAAUGCUGGAAUGGGCCAUCACUUGGAUGAUCUAUCAGACCCACAGAGAGUUACAGCACUGCACUGGUCGUGGGUAUUCCAGUUACUCGCAAUAGCUGCCAGUAUGCUAGGAAAGCUUGCAAUUCUCGCAUUCCUUAUCCAGAUUCGUGGUCGUCAUGAAAAAAAGCCGUGGUUCUUGAUUAUUACGGGUGUGUUCAUUGGGAUAAUUAACAUCGCUGUUCUUGGAACCAUUCUGGGUCAAUGCAAGCCAAUGCACAAAUUGUGGGAUGAUAGUGUUGAAGGGACAUGUGACCCGGGGCGCAAAAUGAAUCAGAACUAUUCGUUCUUCCAGGCUAGCUUCAACUCAUUUACCGACGCCUUGCUGGCGUCGUACCCGGUUCAUCUUUUUUGGAAGCUUCAGAUGAAGCUGCGAAUCAAGAUUGCCUUGUCUAUCCUCAUGGGAUUGGACGCUCAAUCCCCCCUCCUUAUCUGGGCCUCGACGGAGGCUUGGAUUGUCAUCAUUGUUGGUUGCGUACCACCCAUCCGACCACUCAUGGAAAGGGUGUUGCAGCGACUGGGCUUCACCUCCAAGAAAACGUCAACUCCCUAUCAGUACCGCAACUCGAGCGGACACGCUGCAUAUGGCACGAACAAGUCCAACCCCGCAAGUCACUCCAAUUUUCAGUCCAACACAUAUGGGGGGAGGAGGCAAUUCGACGAAAACGCCGGCCCGGGCUGGAUAGAGCUCAACACAUCCGGUGGGCCGAAUGGAAGUAAGGAACAUAUUGUCAAUGGACCGAAGGAUGUUAUGAUCAGAACUGAUAUCGUGACUCGUUUCGAGGAUGUAGAAGGUCAGGGAGUCCCAUCGUCAGGAGACAGUAGUGUCUCUGCUGAAGACCUAAUCCGUGAGGAGAGUCAGGAUGUCCGAAAAGUUAUUUGA